AUGGGAUCUCUUCCUCUCACCAGCAUCACAGUGCCGCCAGCCCAAGGCCAAACGCACACUCACACCGUCGUGUUCCUGCACGGUCGCGGAGAUAACGCUGCCAACUUCUCCAGCUCGCUCCAAUACUCACGCGACUCCCAAGACCGCACUCUCGCCGACGCUUUUCCCUCUUUUCGAUGGGUAUUUCCUCAAGCACCUCAAAGAAAAUGCGCUAGUUCGCCCGACGUGUGGAACCAGUGGUUCGAUGUCUGGAACGUGCGGAACUUGUCGGAAAAUGAAGAUCUCCAGGCAGAAGGGCUCAAAGAAGUCGUGCCCAAGAUCCGCGACAUUCUAGCCAAGGAAGCAAACGACUUGAACGGGAGGUGGGACAAGGUCAUUUUGAUGGGCAUCAGCAUGGGCUCGGCGACAAGCGUGCACACACUGUUCAACCUCGAGAUCCCGACCCCUAACAAAGGAUUGGGCGCGUUUAUUGGAUUCAGUGGGCGAUGCCCGUUUGCCGGCCGGACACUUGAUGAGAUGCGCAAAACGCUUCAACUCGAUUCCGUCCCAGCACACAACGGCGUUCUCAAAAAUACGCCUAUCCUCUUGGAACAUUGCGUCGAUGAUCCGCUGGUGUUGGUGGAUUGGGGCAGGAGGCAGUGUGAGAUAUUGAAAGAUUUUGGAGCGAAUGUGACGUGGAGGGAGUAUGGGAGCGGAGGACACUGGUUCCAUUCACCUCAGGGCAUGGAUGAUGCGAUAGGAUUUUUGAAGGCCGUGCUCUAG